UUGCAUUUAGAAGAUAAGAACAUUAUCUGCGACAUGUGAAAUUAAAUAUGGCUAAAUGUUAUAUUUUUUUGAUACUUUUACCUUUUUAUGUAUUAAAAGUAGCGACCUCAAAUUAUACUGAGAACCAGUUUGCUUCAAAAAAUGGUGGGUUCAUUUUUUCCAUGCCGCGUGUGGUUAUUUCUGGAAGGAAUCAUACAGUAUGUAUUUCAUUGCAUGAUAUUAUCGUUCCUUCGAAAUGUUCUGUAGAAGUAAAGCAAAAAACUGAAUAUAAUUCAAUUACAAGCGUACUAAACUCAGAAAAUAGUUGUUUUGAAUUAUUUAUUCCCAAGACAAAUCUCCAGGAACCGCAUUUAAUUAAUGUUAAGGUACAAGUUAAAACAAAUGGAUUCGUUUAUUCCGCUCACAACUUAGAUCCUAUUCUAGCUUACCCUAAUAAAUGGACCAAAACUUUCAUUGAUACAGAUAGAGAAGUAUAUAAGCCAGGUGAUAAAAUCAAGUUUAGAAUAUUGGUAGUAGAUGACAAACUUUUACCCAUUAAUAUAAAGAUUCCAAAAAUAAGCAUAAGUAAUCCUGUAGAUGUAACUGUAGCAGUCUGGGAAGAUGUUAAUUUGGAAAAUGGAUUAGUCAGUUUAGAAUAUGAAAUGGUCGAUGAAUCACUAGUGGGCAAAUGGAAAAUUGAAUCAUUCGGAGAUAUGAAAUAUUUUGAAGUAUCCAAGUAUACUCUACCACGAUUUAAAGUCAAUCUAAUAAGUCCAGAAAAAAUAUACCAUGAAACUAAAUCAUUUUCGAUUUAUGUUUGUGGACAAUAUUCCCACGGGCGAGCUGUAAAAGGUCUAGCAUUCAUCAAAAUUACUCAUUCCCAUGGAAGUUUUAAACCUAUUAAUCGUCUCAAAGGAAUGGAAAAUGGAUGUGGUGAAUUUGUAUUAUCUGUAAAUGAUCUAAAUUUAACUAAUAUUGCAAAUAAAUUACCGUCUGAAGACAAAAUGUCACUCCAUGUUUCCGCUACAGUAACCGAAAAAGGUACUAAUAAAAUAGAAGUCAUAUUCAAGAAAAUCAGGAUUUAUUUUCAACCCUAUAAAAUGAAAUUUAUUGGAGAAUCAAUUUUUCAACCUGGUCUUCCUUAUCACGGUAAACUGAAGUUCACAGAAGUUAAUGGUAAUUUAACCAAAGAAGUUGUUGAAAUUUGCUACAACAUUGCAAUUAAGAAAAGUUGGAACUAUGUCAACUCCGAACAAUGUUCAAACUUUAGCCUUAAUCAGGAUAACGAAUUGAAUUUUCAAGUCCUACCAAUGACAAGGAAUGUUAUUCAUAUAAACUUUUAUGCAAGGUCUGUUAACCAUACAAAUAUCGAAGAUAGUUUUUUGGUAAUAAGAUUAUUUUCUACGAGUAACAAUUAUAUCCAACUAAAUCAAAAUAUAUUGGAAAUAAAAACAGAUGACUGUAGAGCAGAUCAAGAAUUUCGAGUAAUAUUUACAGCAGACCAGUUUAAAGAUAGAGAAUAUGUAACUUUUUAUUAUAUGAUAAAAAGUGGAUCGCAUAUUUACAAAUUACAGAAAAUUUAUCACAGAGUUAACAGAGCUAUUCCAAACUAUUUUGAUAAGUUAGAGAAUAUUAUAGGAAGUAAACAUAGAUUUUCGAAACUAGGAACCCAUACUGACAACUUUACUGUUAAAUUUCAACUGGAUAAAGGAAUAACGUCCGCCUAUCAGUUUUUGGUAUAUUAUGUAUCCAAAACAGGUGAGACUAUUGCGGCAAGUAAAGUGAUUCAAGUUGAACCCUGCCUUAUGAAGAUAAUAGCUCGAUGGAACCAGAAGCAGGUUGUCCCUGGUGCUACGGCUCAAUUAAACAUUAAGACUUCAUCACAGUCGCUUUGUUCUAUAUCAGCUAUAGACAAAUCGAGUACCUUUUUAGAUUCAAAUAACCAGUCGUCAAUGUUAGGUUUGGCUUUGAAAUCAUUCUAUCCCGAAGAUAGAGGUUUUUUAAACACUACAAGAAAAAUAUGUGUAGUUAGAGAACGACGAAGGAAAAAUUCUCAGAAAACAUGGAAUUCUUCAAAACGAGAAAAGCGCCAUGUAUAUCAAUUUUCCGAAGAUUAUGAUUCAUUCGAUAUUUUUAACAAUUUCGGAAGUGUUGUUAUCACCAACUUAAAGAUCGUUACCAAAUCUUGUUACCAAGGGCCUUUACUAACGAAUACAAAUAGAGUUCAGUUCCUGACCCAGCAGUAUGAGAGUGAAAAUGAAGAUCAAGUUAUUUCAAUUAGGUGGUACUUUCCAGAAACAUGGCUUUGGGAAUUGGUACCAGUCAGUAACACAGUACAAUUAAAAAGACAUCUACCACACUCCAUAACAUCUUAUGUAACAAAGAUAUUAUGUGUGUCUGAAACUGAAGGGGUUGGAAUUAGUGAUGAAUUAGAAAUAGUUACGUUUCAGAGCAUCUUCGUAGAAGUAUUAACACCUUAUACAGUAAAGAGGGAAGAAUCGUUUUACCUUUACGUUUACGUAUCAAACUACAGAAACCAUGCAAUACCGAUUCGAAUAAAUAUCUUACUUUCUAAAGGCCUUGAUCGUGACGACAAGAGUACUAAGUUAAGUUCAUCUUCAUGUGUAUCCCCAAAUGAUACUUUUUCUUAUAAAAUAAAGGUAACAGCCACUAUGCUGGGAUUAGUCAAUGUAAGUGUCCUAGCAGAAACGGACGAACAAUUUCCGUUACAUUGUGGACCUGAAACAGUUUUGUUUAAAAGAGAUUCCGAAGUAAAAUCGAUUUUAGUGGAAGCGGAAGGAUUUCGCAUGAGAAAAACAAAAUCAGCGCUAUUGUGCAGCUCUGAAACAUCUUCAAUAAAUAAUAAUGUAUCUUGGUAUCAUAUUGUACCUUCGACCAUUGUUCCUGGAACUUACAAAUCUCAUAUUAGUUUGAAUGGAGAUAUUCUAGGAAAAACAAUAGAUAACUUGGAUGACCUUCUGGAUAUGCCUACGGGAUGUGGAGAACAAAUCAUGGCUACCAUGGCACCAAAUUUGUACGUAUUGCAAUAUUUGAAUGCCACAAAUACGUUGAAAAAAGCCAUGAAGCAGAAGAUUCUAAGGAAUUUAAAAAUAGGUUAUCAGAGAAUUUUAAAUUAUGUACAUGAGGACGGUUCUUUCUCUGCGUUUGGGUAUUACGACCCAAUGGGUUCCAUGUUUUUAACAACAUUUGUUGUAAAAAUUUUAUCGCAAGCUAGAGAGUACAUUUAUAUAGAUCAACACGUUAUAAAUAAAGCUGUUACAUGGAUAUUAAAUAAUCAACUAGAAAAUGGAUGUUUUAAUACGAUGUUGCACGUUUUUCAAGAUAUGGGUGGAACAAGCAAGGAAAAUAGCACGGCAAGUUUAACUUCCUACGUUAUAGUGAGUCUUUUAGAGGCGAGAAUUGAUGUUCCCGAAAAAGUUAUGACGAAUGCUAAAUAUUGCAUUCGUAGUCAGAAUAAUCCAGAUAAAUAUAGUUUAGCUCUUAAUUGCUACGCUAUAUUUAAAAUGAAGUGGUAUGGAGAAGCAAAUAAAUUAUUAAGAAGGCUCUUAGCCGUUUCUGAACAACAUCAAAAUAUGUUAUGGUGGAGUAAUAAAGGUUCUAAUACAUCCACUGCAACUGAUAUUGAGACCACUAGUUAUGCACUUAUAUCUCUUUUAUAUCAAAAUUCUUCUGAACACUGGGCUCACGCCUUAGCAGCAGUACGAUGGUUGUCGACGAAAUUAGGACCAAAAGGGAGUUUUGUUACAACCCAGGACACUGUUGUUGCGCUAGAGGCCCUUUCUAGAUAUUUACGUUUAGUUGGGUCCAAAAAUCUUAACUUAGUUAUAUACAUGGAAAAACCUGAGGGUAAUCACAACCUUACCAUCACUAACAGCGAUAUGCUCAAAACAAGGAGAAUUUCAAUGAGGGAGAAGAAUGGAACAAUCUCCGUUAAAAUAACAGGAACUGGUUGCGUUUUAAUUCAAGUUAUCCAAUCUUUUAAUUUAAAGAUUGUUCCCAGAAAUGAAGCAUUUAAGUUUGCCAUGGAAGUUUCACCCGUGUCUACAAUUAAUAAAUGUUCUAUUACGAGUUUAUCACCUUGUAUAUCAUAUCAUGCUCCCGAUGGGCCGUCCAACAUGGCUGUAAUGGAAAUAUCGUUACCAACAGGUUACCGAGCUGACAGAUCUACAUUGUACCAGCUCACUGAGGACCGUAAUGUUUCACGAAUAGAAAUGUUUGAAGAAAAGGAUGACAAAGUCAAUUUUUACUUUACAAAGUUAGAUAAACAUCUGGUUUGCUUUACUUUCAAUAUUAACGAAAACUAUUUAAUAGAAGAAAGAAAAAAUUCGCUGGUAAAAGUUUACGACUAUUAUAAUCCUGAAUAUGAAAUCCAACAAUUCUACAAUAUCAGUGAAGAAUGUAAAAGAGUAGGAGAAGAAUCAAAAAAUCUCCAAAUAAGUAAUCCAGAAAUAGUACAAGAUUUUAUGAUUACUUCUACAGAAAGAAGCUCUGGAAAUAUUUCUACAACUCCUUUCAAAUAAUUAAUAUUAUUUUGUAAUUUUCUUUAAUAAAUAAGGUACAUUUAGGUGUUUA